CCUGGGGACCCUCUUGGUGGCAUCUAAUGGGGGUUUGGUCACCUGGGAACCUUCUCAGGUCCCACCUUGGUGGAGCUCAGGUGUCCUUGAGGCUCUUGGACCCCGUUCUUGAGGUCCUGGUGGUUUUGGAGCCCUUUUCAGGGAGCUGGGAACCCUCUUGGUGGCAUCUAAUGGGGGUUUGGUCAACUGAGGAUCUUCUCAGGUCCCACCUUGGUGGAGCUCAGGUGUCCUUGAGGCUCUUGGACCCCGUUCUUGAGGUCCUGGUGGUUUUGGACCCCUUCUCUGGGGUCUGGGAACUCUCUUGGUGGCAUCUAACGGGGGUUUGGUCACCUGGGAACCUUCUCAGGUCCCACCUUGGUGGAGCUCAGGUGUCCCUGAGGCUCCUGGACUCCUUUCCUGAGGUCCUGGUGGUUUUGGACCUCUUUUCUGGGGUCUGGAGGGAUCUGAGGGAGCUGGGGACCCUCUUGGUGGCAUCUAAUGGGGGUUUGGUCACCGGGGGACCUUCUCAGGUCCCAUCUUGGUGGAGCUCAGGUGUCCUUGAGGCUCUUGGACCCCGUUCUUGAGGUCCUGGUGGUUUUGGAGCCCUGUUUUGGGGACUGGAGGCAUCUGAGGGAUCUGGGAACCCUCUUGGUGGCAUCUAAUGGGGGUUUGGUCACCUGGGAACCUUCUCAGGUCCCACCUUGGUGGAGCUCAGGUGUCCUUGAGGCUCCUGGACUCCCUUCCUGAGGUCCUGGUGGUUUUGGAGCCCUGCUCUGGGGUCUGGGAACUCUCUUGGUGGCAUCUAACAGGGGUUUGGUCACCCAGGGACCUUCUCAGGUCCCAUCUUGGUGGAGCUCAGGUGUCCCUGGGGCUCCUGGACUCCUUUCCUGAGGUCCUGGUGGUUUUGGACGCUCUUGAGGAUUGGAGGCAUCCGAGGGGCUGGGAACCUUUUUGGUGGCAUCUAAUGGGGGUUUGGUCACCUGGGAACCUUCUCAGAUCCCACCUUGGUGGAGCUCAGGUGUCCUUGAGGCUCUUGGACCCCGUUCUUGAGGUCCUGGUGGUUUUGGAGCUCUUUUCUGGGGUCUGGGAACUCUCUUGGUGGCAUCUAACGGGGGUUUGGUCACCUGGGAACCUUCUCAGGUCCCACCUUGGUGGAGCUCAGGUGUCCCUGAGGCUCUUGGACCCAGUUCUUGAGGUCCUGGUGGUUUUGGACCUCUUCUCUGGGGGCUGGGAACCCUCUUGGUGGCAUCUAACGGGGGUUUGGUCACCUGGGAACCUUCUCAGGUCCCAUCUUGGUGGAGCUCAGGUGUCCCUGGAGCUCUUGGACCUCCUUCUUGAGGGUGGGAGGAACCUGUGGGAUCCUUGGACCCCUUUUUGUGGUCUGGAAGCUUCUGGGGGUCCAUGGUGGGCUGGAACCUCUCUUGGUGGCCACCAAACCAGGGUUUGGUCACUUGGGGACCUUCUCAAGUCCCGCCUUGGUGGGACUUUGCUGUCCCUGGAGCUCUUGAGUCCCAUUUUUGGGACAAGAAUGACUUGGGGUGUCCUUGGACCCCUUUUUUGGGGACAAGGAGAACUCCAGAACUUUGGGUGGGGUCCUGAAGGACCUCAUUGUCCCCAGGUCCCACCAGAACCUGACCAGGGUUGGUUUUUUGGGGUGGGGAGGGGUCAGGUUUGGGGUUGGAGAUGACCCCGAGUUUGGUGGGACCCCCCUGAAGCUCAAAUGUC